CGUAUUGCGUUUCUGCCGUUUCUGGUAUCCGUUCUUUCACUUUGUGGGAGUAUCCCGUUUCCGCCAGGCUUCUGCCUACCUACAAACCGAAACGUCGGCCGAUUUCAGUUCUCUGCCACAGAGAAAAUGGCGCAGUGUGUUUCUCGUGUACCGUUAUCGAAGACCAACAGCUGCCACAGAAGACAUCGUCGUCUCUCUUGGCCGACUGGAACUCUUACGCCUCGUCCAGAAACGCCAACGAUGAAAUGAAGGCAGCGGAAUGAGUCUCGGGUUCGAUCUUGAAUCCGCCGUCCGGACAGCCAACGAAACGGUUUCGGGAACCUUCAAUGUGAAGAUGCUGAAAAAAGAGCAGAAUGGAAAUCGAAUACUCUCUUUGAACAUGAUAAAAGUGUAUGGAACCCUUUGCGUACGUGAGAAUCCAAGUUGCCUUUUCAUUGCUACAAACCGAGAUGCAGUAGGGAACAUGACUGAUCUACAAAAGUGGCCCGGUGAGGUACUGGCUGUAUGGUUGCUGCCUUGUGUUUGCACUUACUUCCUAUUGCAGAAGUAAGUGCAAACAUCUCAUUCUUAAAUCUCUGUUGAACAACUCCAGCAGUUAGGAUGAAUCGGUUCUCUGUAUGAUGCCAGUUUUAUGGCUCUAUAUUUGAAUCUUUCAUGUUUAAGCAGCUCAAGUUAUUUGGGACGAAUCGGUUGUUUUGGCAGGUUUAACAUCAUUACCUCGAAAAUGUGUAUGGUGGGUGAUAGACUGGACACUGAUAUCCUAUUUGGACAAAGCUCUGGUUGCAAAACUCUUCUUGUUCUGUCUAGUAUGUGUCGGAACUAAUGUCAGUGGAAGUCGACGGGGAUAAUUACAUUCAAGUAACGAUCAUAAGCUAGUCCGAUGAACAUUGCAGGUGUGACGACUGAAACCCUUCUGCACAAUCCAUCGAACCAUAUCAAACCAGAUUAUUACACAGCUCAAGUGUCUGACUUCAUUGGCUUUCUUGGAUCGCAAGUCAUAACUAUUUAGUUGCGGAAGACAGCUGAUGAUAAAAUUUGCGAGGAGCUUACCACCAAACUGAGGUUAGUUAUUAUAAUAUUUAAUCCUCUGUAAUGACCACAUUGAGUAUGGCCAUAAAUGAAAGUUAGUGGUGACAUUGAUCAUGAAAAUGAAAGAAGAAAACAAAGGCU